GGGCUUUUAGAUUUAUUUGAUUUUAGUAACAAAGGAGUUGCAUUCAAUUGUAAUUACAUCUAUUGGAGAUUUAAUCGUCAAAUUUUUUAUCGAGCUAUGAGGACAGCAUCUCAAUCUAACAGUACUUUUAAGUUAAUGAAUAUCUUAUCUGAAGAAAUGAUAAAUUAUUGGAUUGAUUUGAAAAAUCCUGAUGAGAUUAAAAAAAUUGAUAUCACGAAAGAGUUGAUGGAAUCUGAGAAAUAUUCUAAUUGCGUAAGAAAUUUUCAGAAUGAUAGUCUAUUUGUAUUUAUGCCAAAAAUUUUAAGACAUAUUCCUAUACUCAGAAAUCUUAAUAGUAGUAACUUCGACUCGAAACAAUUAGGAAAUGAUCUAUUAACGUCAAUGAUUAUUGCAAAUACUCCAUAUGAAAUUCGUUCUCAAAUUAAUGUCGAUCCUUCAUUGUCAAGGCCAAUGACUGAUGAUGAAAUACUUGGUAUUUUGUUUGAAUCAUUUAUACCUUCGGAUACU